UUAUUCAUGUUAUUAUCAUACAGAACUAACAAUAGACAUAUUUCCAUUAUGAUAAUAAAUUCACUUAUGAAACCGUCGGUUUUAUCGAAAAAAUUCAAACGUUUAGUGCAGUAGCAGCCAUAGAAAGUGUUCAAGUGGACUUUUUUGAACAAUUUCAAAGAUGGAAGAUGCAGUUCCCGUUCCAGAAUUCUUUGCUGGUCGCAGCGUCUUCAUUACAGGUGGAAGUGGGUUUAUGGGCAAAGUCCUUAUUGAAAAACUAUUGAGGUCUUGUCCCAAACUAGAGAAUAUUUAUAUGCUGAUAAGGGACAAAAAAGGAAAAAAUCCUGAUGAAAGGAUCAAGGAUAUGGUGGAAUUACCACUCUUCAAAGUGUUGCUGCAAGAGAACCCAAAAGCUGUAAAUAAAAUCAAACCAAUCAUUGGAGACGUUAUGGAACUAGGAUUGGGUCUCAGUGAGAACGAUCGUAAUCUUCUAAUUGAAAAAGUUUCCAUCAUCUUCCACGCUGCAGCUUCCGUUAGAUUCGAUGACCAUCUAACAGAUGCCAUAAUACUGAACACCAGAGGUACUAGGGAAGUUUGUCUAUUAGCGAAGCAGAUGAAGAAUAUCACUGCAUUUGUCCAUUUUUCCACUACCUACUGUCAUACUGACCGUAAAGUAAUCGGUGAAGAAAUAUACCCAGCUCAUGCUGAUUGGAGAGAAGCCAUCAACUUAGCUGAGAAUGUGGACAGAUAUACUAUGGACUUGAUAACAAAGAAAUAUAUCGAUCCUCUACCAAAUACAUACACGUUCACCAAGUCUUUAGCAGAGCAGGUCGUGAAUGAUUUGUGUGAUGGGAUAAUUCCAUCACUCAUCUUCAGACCUUCAAUAGUUAUAUCUACUUGGAAAGAUCCUAUACCAGGAUGGAUCGACAAUUUUAAUGGACCUGUAGGACUCUUAGUUGCAGUAGGAAAAGGUGUUCUUAGGACUCUAUAUACGGACCCAAAUCUACAAGCUGAUUAUGUACCAGUUGACAUAAUCACCAGAGGUAUAAUUGUUGGUACUUGGAAAAAAGGGAUGGUGAAAGAAUCCAGCAUUAGAAAUCAGGUAGAAGUGUAUAACUGCAGCCAGUGCGAUGUAUCUCCAGUUACCAUGAAAGAAAUUGUUCACAUUGGACAAAGUUUGCUAUUUGAGUGUCCUCCAAGCGGUGCCUUAUGGUUUCCCAACUGUUCUAUAACCAAAUGCAGAUACCUACAUUUCAUAAAGGUCAUUUUUUACCACCUACUUCCUGCGUUGUUCGUUGAUGGUCUGUUAAAAUUGGCCGGGCAAAAGACUAUUUUGAUAAAAGUACAUAGAAGAAUUUACACAGCCAAUCUUGCUUUGGAGUACUUCAUAACUAAUCAAUGGAAAUUCUUGAAUGAUAAAGGGAUGGCUUUAGAACAUCUGUUGCUUCCUUCAGAUCAGGCAAGCUUUGGAUACAAUUCAGAUGAAAUAGAUGUGGAUGAGUAUUUCAAAAAAGGAUUGUAUGGUGGAAGGGAGUAUCUUUUGAAGGAUCCUCCAGAGACUCUACCACAGGCUAGAAAAGAAAUUAAAAGAUUAUGGCUAUUGUACCGAGCUGUUACAGGAAUUUUCUACCUUACUUUGCUUUAUUUUACUUACUACCAUAUACCCUAUGCCAGGAUCUACAACAUCAUAUCAACUUAUGUUUAUAAUUAUUUUUCGGCUUUAUAAUUUUUAUUUCUAGUUUUUUUCAUGAUGUGCUAACAAAUGCAAUUCACUGAAAUGAAUUAUUAUUAUAGUUUUUAGGCAACAACUUAAUUGGAAUAAAUCAGUGACAAUAAUCACUGAAAAGAGAAAGAAAUUUUGAAAUAAGUAUAAAAUAUUUAUUAAUGAAGAAACAAUUUGCUUCAAUAUAAGUAUUAUUCCACAUCAAAAAACAGUAUAUUUUCCUAAUUAACAGUUCUAUGAGUUCCAAUUAUGGAAAUCAUUUCAAUUAUUUUUAUAAAAAUUAAUAUAAUAUUAAAUAAUUAUAUAUUU